UCAAUCUCUCCCCCGAUGCCGGCCGUACGGUCCUGGGGGUUUAAUCACUGGCUCAUCUCCAACCCUAGUUUCACUCACACCGAUGAAACUCUGUCCUACUUUGUCGAUUACUUCGGCCGACGCAAGGAUUUCAAGGCGAUCCACGAAGUCCUCGUGAAUGGAGUUGGACUCGCUGGGCCUAAAACCCUGGAAUCUGCCAUUGACAGGCUUGUCCGUGCCGGGCGGCCGACUGAUGUGGUGUCGUUUUUCCAGAGGAUGGAGGUCGAUUACGGGCUCAAGCGAGACAAAGAAUCGCUUUUACUUGUGGUUGAAAAGCUUUGUGGUAAUGGGUGUGCGAGUUACGCCGAGCGAAUGGUGAAAAACUUGGCAAACGAGUUUUUUCCCGACGAGAGAAUUUGCAAUUUGUUGGUGAAAGGUUGGUGCGUGGAUGGGAAGCUUGACGAGGCCAAGAGAUUGGCUGAGCAGAUGUAUAGGGGAGGGUUCGAGAUUGGGACAAUGGCGUACAACGCGAUUCUUGACUGUGUUUGUAAGAUUUGUAGGGAGAAGGACCCGUUUCGGCUUCAUUCGGAGGCCGAGAAGGUGUUGGUCCAAAUGGAUGUUCAUGGGGUUCCAAGAAAUGUGGAGACCUUCAACGUGUUGAUCACUAACUUAUGCAAGAUUAGGAAGACCGAGGACGCCGUGAAAUUGUUUUAUAGGAUGGGAGAGUGGGGUUGUUAUCCGGAUGAGACUACGUUUCUUGUUUUGAUUAGGAGUUUGUAUCAGGCGGCGAGGGUGGGAGAAGGGGAUGAAAUGAUUGAUGGAAUGAGGUCUGCCGGGGACGGUGGCAAACUUGAUAAAAAGGAAUAUUAUGGGUUCUUGAAGAUUUUGUGUGGCAUUGAGAGGAUUGAUCAUGCUUUGAGUGUUUUCAAGAAGAUGAAGGAGGAAGGCUGCGAACCCGGGAUCAAGACUUAUGAUUUGUUGAUGGGUAAAUUGUGUGCUCAUAAUCGUCUCGAUAGGGCGAAUGCGCUGUUUAAUGAGGCCAGAAAAAGAGGCAUAGCCAUGGAGCCUACGGCAUACGCAGUGGACCCAAGAUAUGUGAAGAAGAAGGUGAAGGUUGUGAAGAGUGAGAAGAAGAGGGAGACACUGCCGGAGAAGAUGGCAAGGAAGAGGAGACGGCUAAAGCAAAUUAGAUUGAGUUUUGUGAAGAAACCUAAACGAAUGAUGCGGCGAGCUUACUGAUCUCAUUUGUGUUUUUGGCACACUAUGUUGGGAUUAUCAAGUGCUAUAAAAAUGGUGAUCAGGUUUUCUUCUUUCGAGAAGUUCCUGGCAAGGGCGGGAUGGCCUCUCUUUUAAAGGGGGAUUGAAUAAAAUCCAAUGUAAGGGAGUUUAUCUCCGUUUUGGUCAUUGUAGCAGCAGAUGGAGUGAUGAGCUUAGUUUGAAGUUGAUGAGAGAUUUUGUGGCCUUUUGAGCGACCAGAAUAAUUUGAAGUGAAAAUACGCCACAGAGAUUCCCAUCCCUGAAAUGCUGUGCGAUGUUAUUCAGGCAUUCUUUCAACUGCAAUAAGAAAAUCGCAGCUCUCUCUGUCUGCGGGAUAUGUGCCUUUAUUUGUUUGUUUGCUGCUAUAUGAUCCAGGAUGGCAUGUUUCUUUUGACGACUGUUUUCGCUAGAGCAGAAUUGAAUCAUUUGGCAGAUGAUUAUGGUCUGUUUUAAUAUAGACAGAUGUAUUAGCCUUUAUUUAUGUUAUUAGAAGAAUUUUUGUAUUAGUCA